AUAGGUUUAAAACUUACAAUGAAAAAUAAAAACUUGAGAUUCUGCAUGGUGUACUGUUGGCCAUCCAUUUCCUGAGCACCAGUUUUUCCUGAAUUUAAUAAUACCACCACCACACAUUCUCUCUUCCCAUUUUUCCAGAAUCUAGACCUGUUUCAUAGUAUACUGUCAACCCAACAAUAUAUAUAUAUAUACACACACAAAUACAGAUUAAACAUAAAUAUAUAAUAUAUAAUAUAUAUAUAUAAUGGAGUGCAACAUUAGAGAUGAACUGUCCUUCUGUUUAGGUGUGGCAAGCUUGGUCUUCUGGGGCGUUGCUGAAAUCCCCCAGAUUUUCACCAACUUUCACACAAAGUCCAGCCAUGGCAUCUCCCUUCUCUUUCUUCUCACUUGGAUUACUGGAGACAUAUUCAAUCUUGUUGGUUGCUUGCUUGAGCCUGCAACGUUGCCAACCCAACUGUACACAGCUCUGCUUUACACAACAACGACUGCGAAUCAAAGCUUGUACUAUGAUUAUCUGUACAAAAGCUGGAAAUGCAAGGCUGAAAGUUCGAACCAACCGAUUGAGGAAGUGAGGAAGCCUCUAUGGCCACGAAAAUCAGUGGUGUCCGGUAUUCCAAUACCUAAUGACAGUGCCAGGGCAGGACCACAUCGGAUCGACUACUAUUACACCUCUGCAAGAUCAUUGGCUGGUAGUGCAACUCCUCCAUUUAGGUCUAGUUUAUGGCCUAUUAAAAGUGGUCCUUCUGCUCUGGGUAUUCAAGAUGAUAAUGCCUCUUCAGAUGAUGAAGCAGCCAAGAAUUCCUUCACCCAAAUUAAGGGUAUCCCACGAUCUGCAGGUUAUGGUGCGUUUUUGGCUACGACACUCAACACGCCUCGGCAAGCAAAGGCUUUGAUGUUUACUUAUGUUGCAUUUGGUGGAAGGAAACUACUACAGGAACAUGGUGCAGAGCACGGUGCCAGUGGACAGUGGUUGGGGUGGAUGAUGGCUGCUAUCUAUAUGAGCAGCCGCCUCCCUCAAAUAUGGCUAAAUAUCAGAAGAGGGAGCGCUGAAGGAUUGAAUCCAUUCAUGUUCAUCUUUGCACUUAUUGCCAAUUUGACCUACGUGGGAAGCAUUGUUGUGAGAACAUCAGAGUGGGAUAAGAUUGAACCCAACUUGCCUUGGUUGUUCGAUGCCGCCGGUUGUGUCAUGCUUGAUUUACUUAUCAUAUUACAGUACUUUUAUUACAGAUAUUGCAGAAAGAAGGCCUCUGAUCUGGGGGCAAUGGAGACUACACUGAAGUGAGAAAAUAGUGUGAUGAAGAUCCAGGUGUAUUAUCAGCUUGCUGACUCUAUAUCUCUCAUCUUACUUGUGAAACAAAAAUGACUAGCUACCAUGUAUCAUGUCUUUCGUUCUCUGCCUUUUUUUUUUUUUUUUUUGGUUCUCUUUUAAUUUGCACUUCUUAUAUGGACAAGUUGUUAGGAAAAUUCCAACAAUUUAUUUUUAAUUUCCAACAUUCAGGAGCA